AAUUCCCGAUAUGUCAAUAAAUCCACAAAGGUCAAAACACAACUAAAUGCUUGUUUUCACCAAAAUUGUUUCUAAUGAAAUCACACACGAAAACCGGUUAGCAAAAUUCAGAUAGUAAAAAUUAUUAAACAAUAAACAAUUGCGGCGCAGAAAUAUAUAUAGAUAUAAGUGAAUAAUGAAAGCAACACAAGCGGAUCGGCGUCAAGAAUUCAGCACGCUCUCCGAUUACUAUUCAGACAACGAACAUCCGAAUGGUUUGGAUUUCAAGGAAGUGAAUAAAAUCGCAAAAUAUCGAGAGGCAAUCACAAAACUGCAACGGCGGUGUGAAAAUUUGUCACAAAACAAUGAACGAUUGGUGCGAAGGUUACACUAUGUGAAGCGGAUAACAAUGCGAAAGAAGCGUGAUGUUGAUUUGCUAAAGGCUCGUUUGGAUGUGUACAGCGAUGAAUGGCGAACAGCACAACCGGAUCCAAUAACAAAAGUUAAAAUGCCCACAAAUCUGACGCCGACGGGCAAAGUGCGGAAACCACGCUUAAAAAAGAACAAUGUCUCAUCAGCAAAUGCUCAAAAUAAUACCGAUGCCGACAUAAAACCGCUCGUCGAUGGGAAAUUAUCAAAACGAAAACGAUCAAAAUCGGAUAAGGAAAAAGAUCCAAAUGCACCAAAGCGACCGGCCAAUCCAUUCUUUCAGUUUUGCCAAGAGCAACGUUCCAUUCUCAUGGACGAAUUGAACAGUGAGUUACAGCCAGGGCAGCCGGAGUUGUCGAAACAGGAACUCACACGGCAAUUGGCACAACGAUGGCGCUCCAUGGAUUCGGCCACAAAACAAAUUUACGUGAACAAAUACGAGAGUUCCAAGCAAAAAUACAACAUGGAAAUGCAGACAUACAAAAAAGAUGCACUGCUGCCGAAUGCGUCGAUAAAUUUAAAAUAGCACGUAAUAGCUUUAGGUUGUGAAGUGAAAUUCGAAUGUAAGCAGCUGAGAGUAAUUAUCAGAGAAAAUUCGAUUUUACGUAUUUUUUUCUUUCGUUCUCUGGAAUGGAUGAGCCGUUUUUAAAUUAAGUCUUUGUAUAAUUCAAUCAGCUAAUUAAAACAAACACACACAAUAUCAUGUUAAUAUUUUAAGAUCAUAUACCGUUUUCUCCAUUGGCACAUUGCGUGCGAAUUUUGCGUCUUGAGCCAUUUUAUAUACACAUGCAAGCAUACCCAUUUUUUGUCUCUUCUAUCUCACUUCAUCAAAUUCGAUUGUCGCUUAGAUAAAUGGAUAUAUAUAUACACAGAAAUACAAACCAAGUUCGGAAUUAUUGUAAAUUUUAAUUAUGUACAUAGAUUAAAUUCGUUUUUGAAAAAGAAAAAAAAAUAAACGAAA